AUGCAUGAUCAUUCUGAUAACAAGAAGAGCACAUAUACCAAGAGCAAGUCGCCGUUACGUGAAGAGAGCUUCUUCCACUUCCCAACGACGACGGAGAAAGAAGACGUUGCCGAUCGAGUCACAUCGAAGAAUCUUUUCUACGGUGGAUGGACCGUUGAUCAGAGUCUGAAGAUCCGGAGGAUCUCACCCCGAGCAGGUACUACUGUUUCUGGACUCCAAACCGAUCUCCGGCAAGGUCAGGAGAUAGCUCCGAGAGAGAAGCCACAGCAACGGAGCCGUUUCGACCACGAGCGAAUCAAAACUGUACAAACUGCAAGGAGGAGAGAGAGAGGCGGAGUGUUGAAUCGUGGAGGAGAUCAGCCAAGGUUUGGUGAUGAAUCGUCGAGAGAUCAACCGAGGAAGAGGUGGACUGUUGAACCGUCGAAUCCUUCGCGAAAGAGAAAAGGAAGAAACACCAAACUCUCUCUUAUUCUAACACGUGGCUCCAAGACUCGGCUCUUCUCCCCUCUUAAUUAA